AUGCAGUUCUCCAAGAUCGCCACCUCUGCUGUUCUCUUUGUUCUGUCCACCAUGGCCAUUGCUGCUCCCAGUCCCAACCCUCUCGAGGCCCGCAUGAAUGACCUCGAGGCUCGCACUGAGAAGCUUGCUGCUCGUGCUGGCUGGACCUGUGCCUUCGGUGGUGACAAGGCCUGCCAAGUCAAGUGUGUUGCCGAGGGCCACGCUGGCGGAUACUGCGCCGACGACAAGUGA